AUGAAUAGAAAUAUCCAUGCCAAAAACCAACCAGAUUAUAACAAUGAAAAGAAUGUAGUGGGAUGUAUGGUAAAUUUGGCUGAUGAAGACCUACCAAAAGAUACCAUUAUUUUUUCAAUUGGAUCUGGUGUUAACAUAAUACCCAAAUCAUUAUUACCCAACUCAUUAUUAAAUCAACUGAAAAAGUCUAAUGUUAUAAUUAGAACCCUCAAUAAUCAGCUUGUACCCUCCUCCGGAGUUAUAGAUAUAGGUAUUGAACUAAUCUCUAAUGAGGGAAAUCCCUUUACAAUGUUUGGUAAAUUCGAAGUUGUAGAAGAUUUUAUGGUAAUUAUUAUUGGUCUCCCUAUGAUAGGAGAAUUAAAGUUAGAAUUACGGGGGGGUGAAUGGGGUGCAUACAAUAUCAAAUUUAAAAACAACAUUAGACCAAACAAAAUCUUUCAAUAUAGAUUAUUAAAUUAA